GCUAGCUAACGUUAUGUCGAUGUUACUCGACCAUCGUGCUAGCUAGUUGAUCCAACAUCAACCUGAACUCGGUCAGUUAACGAGAACGGUAUACUCUGUCGACAAGUGAGGGUCGUGUAACGAUGGUGCCCUCGUUGGUCCGUCUGUGUGCUAAGGAAGUCGUGAGUGACCACAGCUCCUCUCCGUGCUGGCUCGGCUGCGUACCGAGAGAGCUGUACCAGCCCCUCUUGGAGGCCGCCUUUGCUCACUGCCGCCCGCUGGCCAUCGGCGAGCUGGUACAGCGCUGGCCCGAGCGGACUCUCAGACUCGGGGGCCGGAGGAGGCCGGGGCAGAGCCCUCCUAACCGGCUGUGUGUCCAGGCUCUACUUUUGGCCGUCGUCCGAGGACUGGGGGACAAGAGGUGUGCUCUCCAAGUGUUGGAUCUGUGUGGACUGCAGUGUGAGGAAGGGGGUGCAGUGGACUCCAUGGGGGGCUGGUCACUGACCGUGGCCCUCUGCUCCAUGGUGCUGCAGGCCAAGGGCGCUGCCCAGGGAGGCCCCCGCAGGGAGAGGGAGCGGGAGAGGAAGAGGGUGCUGGAGGCGGAGAGAGAGAAGGACGGCGUGGUGAAAAGAGAGAGGGGCCUGGGGGCAGGAGGAGCCAGGGGGCAGGAGUUGGACAAGGAGCGGGCACUGGGGGUGAGGAGGAGGAUGGAGCGGGAGAGGGUGAGGGGGAGCGGAGGGGGGGACGGGGGGGACCCGGAGGAGGACGGCGUGGUGGUGCGGGUGCGGGCCGACCUGUUUGUGAACGCCCGCUCCUGGGAGCGCGUGCGCACAGCCCUCAGCGCGCCGGGGCCCCUGCGUCUGCACUGCCGCUACCUCCGCGUGGAGGAGAUCCCCGCGCUCAGCAUCGCCGUGCUGCUGGCCCUCCUGCGUCCCGCCGGCCUGCUGGGGAUGGACAUUCGCUACAGCAGCCUGGGCGUGUCCGGCCUGGCCCUGCUGCUCCCCGCCCUCGCCCCGUUCCCCGCGCUCAGCUCCCUCCGGCUGCACUACUGCAACCUGGACAUGCGCUGGGACCAGUCAGGCCAGGAGGAGGCGCUGCGGGAUGUGGCGAAGGGCCUCAGCAAGCUGGAGCGACUGCAGCGUCUCAGCCUCACCGCACUGCGGCUGCCAGGACACCUGCGCAUGCUGCUCAGUGGUCUCUCUCAGCCACUAGAGGUGCUGGAGCUCCCCUAUCUGAGCCUGAGCCCCGCCGACCUCUCCUACCUGUCGUGCAGCCCCCACGCCUCCUCGCUGCGGCGCCUGGACCUGAGCGAGAACAAGCUGGACGAGGCAGCCCUGCCCUCGCUCCGCCGCCUGCUCCACCAGGCCGCGGGCUCCCUCUCCCACCUCUCCCUCAGCGGCUGUGGCCUCUCGGACGGCCUGCUGGGGGCGCUGCUGCCCUCCCUCGGCUGCUGCCGGGCCUUGCGCACCCUGGCGCUCGCCCUGAACCCGCUCUCCCAGGCCGGGGUGCUGUCCCUGGUCAGGGUGGCCGCUGGCAUCCCCUCCCUGCGGCUGCUGCUUUACCCCAACCCACUGGAGGAGUACCAGCCGGGCCUGCCCCCGCUGCCCUCCAGCGCCCAGCUGCUGGACUGGCCCCUGGACGAGGUGCUGGAGAGGAGGGAUGCCAUGGAGCUGGAGAUGGCGAAGGUGCUGGCAGAGAACGGGCGCUCCGACCUGCUCCUGACGUCCGACCUGCUGAGCUACAACGGUGACCUGAUAGAGGAGCAAUAAAGCCGAAAAAAAGGCUGCCACUUGGGCGGAGGUGUGCUUCCCCAAGAAAGUGCCAGAAUCUGGCAUGGCCUUUGUUCGUGCCAGCUUCCUUCUGAUUUAGCGGCAGAGGGACAUUUUUCAAGUCUGAAAAAGUACAAACUUGCACUGUAGGCGCAGCUAAAGCAGAAGGUGGCUACUUGAAGUGCUGUGUGAGAAAUUCCCAGGCAAUCCCUCAGACCCCAAAACAGAGAGAGGGUGGGUGUCUCAGAGUCACCUUUACUUCCAUUGAUUUCAGUUUUCCCCCCUCUGAUUGCAAUAUUGUCACGGCGAGAAGCUACAACAUAAGUGCGUGACAAUCUUGUCUCUCCACCCUAAAGUAAGUCUUCCACUGUAAACAUGCUUUAAAAAAUUGUCAGCAAGCAAUUCAGAGCCAGAGGGCCUUCAACAAGCCCACUUCACACUGCACACAGACGAUGCAAACAGGUUGUGUGUGGGGAGAAAUGUUGCGUCUGGGAGCCAGAUCACAGACUGUCCUCGAACUUGUUUUGACCGAGGUGUCCCCGAAGGACACGGUGGAUGGCGAUUACGCACAUGCUGCAGAAUCUGCACGGCCUGGUGCCAGACGGCAGCUGCCAUUUCCUGUGGGCUAGCUGCUCCAGAGAUGAAGUACCUUACCAAUACGGACGUCAGUUUGGACAGGGUGCUGAAAGCGCUGCCCAAGGUUGUGAGGGUAAAGAGCUUCAGCAGCGGAGGAGGUUAUUAAAAACACCACUGUAGCCAGGUUUUACUUUUUUGUUUUACAUGCUGCCAGUGGGAUCAGUUUUUUAAUAUUUACUUAUUGACAAUCUUGAAUCAGUGCCUCAGGGUUUCCGUGCCAACGUGCCUUUGCUCCCACUGCUGCCGUCCAAUCAGGAUUGUCGUCAGUGGUCACGUGAUGACGGUACGUGAUUACAGCAGCCAAUCACUGUCAAUCCGUGGAUUGCCAACCAGUGGCGAACAUAAAUUAUGGUUUAGCAAUGAGGGUUACACU